AUGUCGGUCUCUUUGUUAAUCCUCCUUCUGAUGCCUCUAAUACGUUAUGCUUCUCCUGUAAGAAAUGUUUCUCUAAGAUGUUUGGAAGACACCAAUCAAUUUCUUUCUGAUCUGAAUGCAGUGGAACCAAAAGCGUAUGCAGUCAUGAUGUACGAUUCUUUGGGAAAACUUGGUAGCAAUAUCCUUGGUGGAAAUACAGACAGACUGGGAUCCUACACUGAAUGUCUGUCUGCCAAGGUGCCUUCAGGUAAAUUCCAAGGACAAUACUGCAAAUUGCAAGUGCAGCAGGAAGGGUUUGAUUACAGUAUUGGUAUAUGUGUUCCUGACUCCUGCCACGAUGAAGACAUUACAACAUUAGCAAUAUUAGAUGUAUUUCAAUUCAAGACCAUCUCUUUUGUAUCACCUUUCCCAUCUCUCUUCACUUUGAAUUCUACAGUCUCAGUUGUGAGUGUAGCCAGAUGUGCUAAAGGCCUUUUUUCUAUUGAUGCGUUUGCUGCUAUUUGUUUGUUUGUUAGCAUUGUGUUUAUUGUCUUACCAAUCACUGGAACUGUUUAUGCUGCCGCUGUGAGGUGGGAAGUGAAAUUUGAUGAAUCACCAGCAGAUAAUUUACCUUCUGCAAAUUACGGGAGCACAUCUUCAAAUGAGAAAGAUAAGAGUGAAUCAAAGGGAGAUAUCAGAAGGAAUCAUUAUAAAAUGAAUUCGGUGCUGCCAGUUGUUUCUGAUGAUGUCUGCUACACAAAGAAAACUUUUUUAGGUGCUUUGGACAGCACUCUAAAAUGCUUUUCCCUGCAAAAGAAUCUUCCAACGAUAUGGACAGUGAAAUCCUCUAAAGGUGUCUGCUCUGCACUAAAUGGUAUCCGAGUUUUGAGUCUUGCAUGGAUAAUUUCUGGACACACCAGUCAGAUGGCAGCCUGGCAGAAUUUAGAUAAUGUGUUGGAAUGGAAAGCGCGAGUGCUAAAAAAUCCCAUAUAUGUUUAUUCUCGGAGUGGACCUUUUUAUUUAGGUGUUGAUACAUUUUUUCUGAUCAGUGGCUGGUUGAGUUCCAGGUCACUUCUAAACAUGGUUCAUCACUCAGAAAAAGGAAUCACCCUGGAAGUCACACUGAAAUAUCUUUGUUAUCGACUAGCCCGACUUCAGCCACUCCAUAUGUAUUCCAUAUGUCUUUUAGUUGGACUUUACUCUGUUAUUCCCUGGGGAUCGGUAUGGGAGAUCUCCAAAUUUCAUCUGGAUAACUGCAGAAGGGUGUGGUGGUCCAAUCUUUUUCUUCUAAACAAUUUCAUUUCUGUAACAGAAUCAUGCAAUGGAUGGACAUGGUAUCUUGCUAAUGAUUUCCAGUUCUAUCUCACAACACCUUUGGUGAUCUUUUUAUAUGCUAGAAGCAAAUGUGGGUUGAUUAUCUUAGGAACCACUCUGUUCCUGGCAUCUUUCACUGUUACAGCCUUGCUGUCAUCAUUUUUCAGUCUUCCUGUUGCAUCUCCUUCAGAUAUGAGGGAAAUGUCCACAGUGAUGUAUUUCACAGAAUACUAUACAAAACCUUACUGUCGAUAUGGUCCAUUUCUAGUUGGUGUCCUUCUGGAGCUUUUCAUGUAUCACCAACAAGCACAAAUCCUCAGAAACAAGGUGCAGGCUUCUCUGGGGUGGCUUUGUGCAAUGCUUGCCAUGCUAGCGGUAGUCUCUUUGGCAUAUACCAUAGAAGACUCCAUGAACUCCUAUUCCCCUGCUGCUGUAAUUUAUCAAGCACUUCACCGGACCCUGUGGGCUGCAGCAAUUGGUUGGAUCAUUUUUGCAUGUCAAGAAGGCUAUGGAGGUUUAGCUAACUGGGUGCUUUCAUGGGACAUUUGGACUCUGCUAGCUAAAAUUAGUUAUGCCUGCUAUUUGGUGCAUCCGAUGUUAAUCAUACUUUAUAAUGGACUUCAGGAAACUCUUAUGCACUACUCAGACAUAAACAUGCUCUACCUGUUUUUCGGACACUGUCUGAUGACGUUCAUCACCGGGUUGGCAUUGACCGUGCUGGUUGAGAAGCCGUUUGAAGGAUUAAAGCAGUCUCUGACAUGUCAAUUUCACGGGAAGGCCUUGUUGUAA